CACAUGGAUGUGUGACCUGUCAGAGUGACAGCCGACCGCUUUACGCUAGCGGUCAUAAACUGCUUAAGUUCCAGGAAAUCCCGACGCCCUUUCCCCCAGUUUCUCCUCCUGCCCGGUCGUUGUCGGGUCCCGUCAGUCAAACCGGAUGCCUGGCUCAGCCCCCGUCAGCUGUUUGGGACCAUGGCCCAAAGACGUAGGGAUCAUCGCCCUGGAGAUGUACUUCCCCUCCCAGUACGUGGACCAGGCCGAGCUGGAGCAGUAUGACGGCGUGUCGGCGGGCAAAUACACCGUCGGCCUGGGCCAGGCUCGCAUGGGCUUCUGCUCCGACCGCGAGGACAUCAACUCCCUGUGCCUGACGGCGGUGCAGCGGCUGAUGGAGAGGAACAGCCUCUCCUACGACAGCAUCGGGCGGCUGGAGGUCGGCACGGAGACCCUCAUCGACAAGUCCAAGUCGGUCAAGACGGUCCUCAUGCAGCUGUUUGAGGACUCCGGCAACGCGGACGUGGAGGGGAUCGACACCACAAACGCCUGCUACGGUGGAACGGCCGCACUCUUCAAUGCCGUCAACUGGGUGGAGUCCAGCUCGUGGGACGGCCGAUACGCGCUGGUGGUGGCGGGAGACAUCGCCGUGUACGCCACGGGAAGCGCCCGGCCGACGGGCGGCGCCGGAGCCGUGGCCAUGCUGGUCGGGCCCAACGCUCCGCUGGCCUUCGAGCGAGGUCUGCGGGGAACCCACAUGCAGCACGCCUACGACUUCUACAAGCCGGACAUGGUGUCGGAGUAUCCGGUGGUGGACGGCAAGCUGUCCAUCGAGUGCUACCUGAGUGCCUUGGACCGCUGCUACUCCCUGUACCGCAACAAGAUCCACGCCCAGUGGCAGCGAGAGGCUGUAGACAAGAGCUUCAGCCUGGAGGACUUCGGCUUCCUCGUGUUCCACUCUCCCUACUGCAAGCUGGUGCAGAAGUCCCUGGCCAGGCUGAUGCUGAAUGACUUCCUGAACCAUCCCAGCCCCAACACUGAGAGCGGACCCUUCGCCGGCCUCGACGCCUUCAGGGACGUGCGGCCAGAGGAUACCUACUUCGACCGGGACGUGGAGAAAGCCUUCAUGAAGGCCAGCGCAGACCUGUUUGAGAGGAAGACCAAGCCGUCGCUGCUUAUCUCCAAUCAGAACGGGAACAUGUACACCCCGUCGGUGUACGGCUGCCUGGCGUCCGUCAUCGCACUACACACUCCUUCACAGAUCGCCGGGCAGAGGAUCGGAGUCUUCUCCUACGGAUCGGGCUUCGCUGCGACGCUGUACUCUCUGAGAGUCACACAGGACCACACACCCGGCUCCAGUCUGGACAAACUGGUGUCCAGCUUGAGCGACCUGAAGGUGAGGCUGGACUCCAGGACGAAGGUGUCCCCCGCCGUCUUCUCCGAGACCAUGCAGCUGAGAGAGGAGACUCACCACUUAGCCAGCUACGUCCCCCAGAGCUCGCUGGAGGACCUGUUUCCCGGGACCUGGUACCUGACCCGGGUGGACGACAAGCACCGCAGGGAGUACGCCCGCCGCCCUCUGGACGACGACCUGGUGCCGGAGCCGGACCGCCUGCGCUCCAGCUCGGCCGCCGAGCACAUCCCCAGUCCAGCCAAGAAGAUGCCUCGCAUCCCCGCGGCGCCCGCCGCCGGCCCCGAGGCCGCCGUCAGCAACUGAGAGCAGCCGGCCGGGCGGCUCAGAGCGAUCCAGGUCCGGCAGGCUGGGGACCGUCACGAGUACACAACACUAGAGGUCAGACGUUAGAGCCACGACGGACCAUCUCGCCCUCCAUCACGGGGAGCAGUGGAGCAGUGGACCGCUCCGCCUCUGGCCCGCCCGGCAGAGCCUCGGUUCCUCACUCUGAGUGGCAAGGACUUAAUCGUCUUCAGAGCUCCUCUGUCUCACUUCUCAUUUAUCUCACCUUCGUUUCUUCAUUGUAGAAGAAAAAAUACCUUCUGUCAGCCGCAGCGCUGAGUUUUCCACAGUCAGCAGGUGAAAACCUCCUGAGAUCCUCUGGCCGUAGUGCUGCUGAGCAGCACGACUCGGGAUGAAAUCAAUGUUUAAAGUUACUUUAUACGGGAAAUUUCAGUACAGACGGCGUCGGCCCUCCUGUCAGGAGGUGCUUCGUCCUUCAGAAUAAAUGUAGGGUAAUCCUAUGGUUUGCUCUUUUGAGUGCUCACACAAUGAGCCACAACAUUAUGACCAGCUGUCUGAUGUGUCUGCUAGAUCCAGCCUGAUCUGUGAGGAAAUAAUGGAAUUUGGAUUCUUUUCUUAGAUUUUUUACUUCAGAUAAUGGAAAAAAGCAGAUUUUGUUUUUAAGAUUAUCAGCAUUUGCUGUGUGAUAACCUAAUUUUAAAUCCUGUUUAAUAUGAAGAUCUUUGGAGCAGAGUGUCAGUGCGCCCCCCAGUGGACACAUCGGGACCAGCAGUGACAUGACCGCUACAUGGUGGGUUGUGGGUUCAACUCCCCUGCUCUCACCAUUCUACCCUGACAGCGUGGUCCUAAUGUUCUGGCUGGUUGGUAGCGGUAGGGCUCGGUCCGGUUAGUCGUGCAGGUCGACCCAUUUCUCCGGCAGUCGGAGCAUUUCAAAGCGUUCUCACCUCCUGUAUGGAGCCGUGUCGAACCAGGAGGGACGUCCACAUGUCAAACCGCUGCCUGUCAUCAGUCUGUCCCGGCUGCAGCCUCCUCCGCUCGUUCACUCGUUCACUCACUCGUUCAUACUGAAGCCUUAACGUCAAAGGGCUUUCCUCGGCGGCUCUGCGGGACGUCUGGAGAACAGGUCAGACUUCUUCCAGGGUUCUGGUGAGAACAGGAGCCUUAACGUAGCGGUGUUGGGAGGAGUCCCUGCUGAAGGAGGACGGGUUCAAAGGACUGGGUUCUUCAGAAGCCUUACAGCAAGCGCGUUUGACCCGCAGACCCGUGAGGUGUGUGUGUGUGUUCUCACACCGCCUCUCUCCCUGCUCCACGCUCAUGUACAGAACAACCUGUAAGAUUAUUUAUGCUCUGUAGAUAUGAAUGUAUUGUCUCAUCAGAUGAAUUUUAUCUCAGUUUGUAUAAACAUGUAGAUGCAGAAUAAAUGAACAGCAAACA